AUGGCGAAGAAAGCUUCCCGUCGAAAGACCACCGGGUCAACUCCGACCUCAUCAGGCUCCUCUACACCAAGCUCCGCAUCCUCUGGUCCGAUUCCUCCCUUCAUUAAAGUCCCCUCCAUUCUACAACCUUUCGUCGAACCCUUAGCCUCAGACGAGGUAUACCUCAUCCAUAUCGACACAACAUCCCCCGAUUUGAAAUGGCAAACCUUCCUCGUUCCGUUGGUGGUCAACAUCGUGGUAGCCUUGGCGAUCGCAUUGCGUGCUUAUUUCGGAUUUUUCACCUACCCAGCACUGAUACAGACGGUUCUCGGUUUCGACAGUCCUGCAGCCGUGGAUCAGUCUUCCGCGUCAUGGACUGAUAAAGCUCAACUCACUCUCCGACGGACAGGAAUGGUUUUCAUCGACUAUGUCCUCGUGAUGCAGUUCCUAGCUUGGCCCAUUAACUUCGUCCUCGGUCCUAUGCGCUGGCGCCGUGCGAUCGGGUUCCAGGAUCGAGAAGUCAUCGUCCGUUGCAGUAACCGCAGUUGGAGCAAGAAGCUGGAGCGGAAUAAGUGGAUUCGUGAAAAUGAGGCCAUGCGUGAUAAGAUAGUAGCUGCCGUGACGCCUGAGCGUAUUGGAAAAACGGGAUAUUUGCUUGUGGAUGAGGACUGGAACCUGGAUUAUCCCGCCAUGGUUUGUGCCCAUAGUCUAAUCGACCGCAUCAAGAAGGGCGAUGGUGUGCAGUUGGAUGAGUUCCGCACCGCUGUGCUGGUGCAUACCGAUACUGAUGGGUGGUUGAUCUGGCGUGUUGGCGAUGAGAACUCUCCAACUGGUCAGCAACGGACAGUGCAGCGAGAUCAAAUCCUGGCUUUCAAGGAUAAGCUGACUGCCAUGGGCAAGGAGGACCUUUUCUUCCGCUGGGUCGAGUUGGUUCAAUGGGAGAGUUCACAACCAGGUGGUUUCACCCCAGAACGGCAAAAGGCUGCCAUGGUCCAGGCCCAGCAGAUGUUCAAUGAAGAGAAUGUUGAUUUCAGCAGCUUCUGGGAUGAUUUAGGUGGCAUGCAAGGUAUUGAAGAGCUGGAUUAA